CCCUUUGGGAGGCGAGGGUCGAGGGACCUUGUGUGCCUCCUAACCUCACGCAGGCACUCGCGUGUAACAGGCUCGACUAACGGCCUCAGGGUGUCUGGCGGGACUUGAAAUUCUCCAAAGAAGUCCCAGCUUCUGCGGCCUCCCCAACUCGGGGCCCCUGUCUGAGCCCCGGAAUAGGGCAGGAAGCGGCUUAGCCCUCUGAGGAGGCCGAGGUCGCUGCUCCCCUCCUCCCUCCAACGUGCCCUAUUUUGCACCCCCAGACCUCUGCUGAAGGGGGCCACUAGCCUGGGCAGCCCCAGCCGUGGCCCCUCGGGUCACCUUACCCUACAAGCCCUUCUCCCCAAACACCAUUCUAGAAAUCUCACUCUUGGCUGACAGGAGCCCUGGAUCCCAGACCUGAACCAGUGAAAACUCCCCCUGAAUGAUGGGUGAGACGUUCUCCCAGUUGGGUUCUCGGGAGGAUGAGAACAAGUCGAUCCUGGCCCCCAGCCCAGCCAUGGGCAGCAAGGCUGCCUGCUACUCCAGCAUCCCAUGCAGCAAGUCUUUCUGUUCCUGCCUGCCUCGUGAAGGAACUGCCGGCGCCAGCUUUGUGACUUGUCCCACCUGCCAGGGCAGCGGGGAGAUCCCGACAGAGCUGGAGAAGCAGCUAGUGGCCCUCAUCCCCUAUGGGGACCAGAGGCUGAAGCCCAGGCACACGAAGCUCUUCGUGUUCCUGGCAGUGCUCACCUGCCUUGUGACCUCCUCCCUCAUCGUCUUUUUCCUGUUUCCCCGGCCUAUCUCCGUGCAGCCUGCGGGUCUCAACUCCUCCACCGUGGCCUUUGAUGCGUCUGGUAUCAACCUCACCAUAACGAAUAUCUUAAACAUCUCCAAUAGUAACUACUACCCCAUCACCGUGACCCAGCUGACCAUUGAGGUGCUGCACCUGUCCCUGGUGGUGGGGGAGAUCUCCAACAGCCUCCUCCUACACAUCGGCCCUUUGGCCAGUGAGCAGAUCCUUUAUGCAGUGGCCAACAAGAUAGGGGAUGAAAACACCUACAAAAUCUGUUCCUGGAUGAAAAUCAAAGUCCACCAUGUACUUUUGCACAUCCAGGGCACCCUGACCUGUUCCUACCUGAGCCAUUCAGAGCAGCUAGUCUUCCAGAACUAUGAGUAUGUGGACUGCCGGGGAAACAUGUCAGUGCACCACUUGCUGGCCCCUCACCCGCCAUGACCUGUCUGCCGGCCCCAAACUCCAGGCCGCUGCCAGCCUGGGCUGUAUCUCCCAGCGCCCAAGAACGGACUACAAUGACUUUGACAAAGGGAAAGCCCUGCUUUAUUAUACCUCCCCCCGCCACACACACGCCCUCAGCACAGGAAGCUCUCUGUGGAAGUUAACUUUACACACACGUGCACACGCAUCCCCUAAAAAAAAAAAAUUUGGUUCUUCUAGGGGUUUUCCCCUUGGUCUGUCUUGAGGAAAGUCUGACCCGAUGGUCUUCAGAGCUGCUAUAGCGCCCUGGAAUGGCGCCUGCCCUUUCAAUGCUGAGCCCCUUGGCUGCCUAACUUCUCCAGGGCAGGCCUUCCUCCUGCCCGAAUGAAGAAAGUUUUCAUUUUAUCUGGCUAUUAAAACAUGGAUCUUUUUCAAGUUCUCCACCCAGGGAUGGGAUUGUGACUUGAGGGACCUGCAUGCUGUCUCGUGCCUCCCUGCUUUGGUCAUGUGACAAAGGGAUGAUGAUGGUCUGCUUCUCUCCCAGUAACUUGGCCCCUGACAGCAAGAUUGGCCAAGGCCCUUUGACCCUGCAUCCUCCCUGGUUAAAGACUGUUCCAGUUCCUAGGAAGACAGAGCCCUUCUCUGGCUAAAGCUUCUCCCCGCCACAAAAUAGUUUUAUUAUUCUCGUCACAGCAGGAACCAAGGUAGUAGAGGACAGGAGGCACCCCCUCCUGCCUAUCCAGGAAAAACGGAGAGGAGACCAGAAUCAUCUGAUAAGGUGUUUAUUGAAGGAGAGCUUCUGGCUGGUGGUGAGGCCACAAUCCUGAGUCCCUGUGAGGACACAGGGAGGUCGAAUGGUGGUCCCAGCUGCAACCCCCCUCCAGUGAGAGCCGGCAGAGGCAAAGCUAUCACGAUUUUCAGGGGCCGGCCAAGCUGCUGGUUUCUGCAGCUUCCCCGGCUUAGCCCCAGGGCUCAUCCUGUGUACCCAGAGGCCUCUGCUUUCCCUUGGGCAUUGACAGUAUGGAGCUGCACAUCAGUAGGGAGUGGUCUUGACCUCUCCUCUUUGCUAUCGCUCAGAUGAAGCUAAGUCCCAGGUUCCCACCGGGCUCCAAGCAGAGGCGGUUUGUUUUGUAGCUGAGCCAGAAUGGUAGUUGCUCACUAAAGGUGGCUGGGGUUUUUCUCAGGCAGAGAGAUGAACUUAGGUGGUGAGUGUGAAGCUGGAUGGCUGGAGAGGGGGAAGUGGCACAGAACCCAGCUAGUUGGCUGAGGGGUGGUGUCGAGAAGGUGCUGGCAGGAGCACAGAAGUCCAGAAAGGCCAGGCCAGAGUUUCUGCUGUGUAUAGGGCUUGUAUUGUAUUCAAUAAACUGUACUUGACAGUG